AUGCAGACAUCCAUGCCACCCAGCGCUACCAAGCGGCUCCUGCAUACCAAGACAUAUCGGCUUCAUUUCGACGACGAUCCGGAGUACAAGAAAGAUCCCAGAUACGCGAUUCUCUCGCACCGAUGGCUCAGUAAAGAGAUUACCUUUGAUAAAAUCGAGCAUGCACGUCUCGAAGACAACGAUGUCGAAAGCCCGGUCAAGCUCAAAGUCAAGGGCGCAUGCGCGAAAGCUCAGGAGCACAAGAUCCAAUGGCUGUGGAUCGACUCGAUCUGCAUCAACAAGGCCAAUUCGGUAGAAGACCAAAAGGCCAUCACUUCCAUGUUCACCUGGUACCGCCGGGCUUCAGUCUGUUAUACCUAUCUUUCUGAUGUGGUCGUGCCUGCCACGAAAGCUAAGGCUGUAUACGACGUCGGUCGGGGUCCCUGUCCCUGUCCAUUUUGGAGAGCAGAAGAUCCGUCGAAACCUUCGGAAUGGUUUGAACGAGGCUGGUGUCUUCAAGAACUUCUAGCGCCGAAUCAAAUGGAGUUCUAUGACAGAAACUGGACGAAAAUGGGCACCAGGGCAGAACUGGCAGAGGCCAUCGCGGCCAUUACACGUAUCAAGCCCGAAUAUCUCACAGGCGAAGAAGACUUUCGGAAAGCUAGCAUAGCUGCGAAAAUGAGCUGGAUGGCCGGCAGGAAAACCAGUGUGCACGAGGACAUGGCGUACAGUAUGGUUGGAAUCUUCGACAUUACGAGUAUGGCCACAGGCGUCUCGGACGGCAUGAAAGCAUUCUUUCGACUGCAGAAGGAAAUCAUCAACACUUCUGUUCUGGCCGAUGAAACCAUAUUCGCCUGGAAGGCCCCUGCUUCCGGGCUCCCUCACACGAGUCACCCCGCUGGCGAUUGGGCCCAAGACGAAUGGGGCCUGUUGGCGCCAUCUCCAGAUUGCUUCCGGGAUUGCGGAGAUAUCAUCCCCGAUGGCGAGGCCCGUCCCAGGCGUCUGGAUGGUUAUAAAGUCGAACGGGAAGGCCUGAAGUUUCCAUUCCCCUACACCGACUUUGUGCCCCGAAGAGAGCAAGUUUUGCAGCUCUGCUUGAUGCCAUUGCCAUGGUUGAACAUCAUCGGGUUCGAAUUCUGGAAACUAGCGGAUUCCAAGAGGAAGGAGUUCGCUGUCAGGUUGAAUUGUGUCAGGAAAGAUCCAAAUGGCAAGUGGCGGCCGGUUCAAGUCAACUUACGCAGGUCAUCCACCGGAUGGAAGAUGGAAACUCUUGUCUUCAGGCGAUACAACUGUCAUCAAUUGGAUCUCGCGCAAAAGAGACUGAAGGAAUUGUAUUCUGGUUGGACCAUCGUGGGGAAGCACAGAAACAGGAUGCGCAAGAAAAUGAUGACAAUCCUCCAACCUGAACCAGACUCAGAAGAAGCGCGGUGA